AUGGAGCAACAGACGGCCAUGUCUUGGCCGGAGCAGAUUCAUGAGAAUUCGCUCAUCACGGCGUCCGGCGAAGAUGAAUUCUCCAACUUCCUCGAAUUCAAUAUGCAUUUUGCCGACCUCGAGGGGCACGGACCAGCACAUUCCCAGCUGCAGGAGCAGCAACACGCGAUGGGGCCUCCAACCACCACUGCCCCCGAGUCGGCCAUCCCCUCCGAUCACCGAUCGCAAUCUCAUCAGUACUCAACUCCGAUCGAGGGCCUCGCUAUGGACUUCGGCGGCCAUGGCGCCGUGCAGUCGCACGGCUUGUCCUACUCUACCCCCGGUAUGACCCCGGGCUAUUGUGCUCAGGAUUCGUCGCAGCAGUCUGCGAAUCACCACUAUAUGCAGGGUCAGCCCAUGAUUCCCCCGACACCAAAUAGUAUGGAGUUGCACGGAAAUGCCGCCCGUUACUCGCAACAAGUCGACGAGAACGCGGAGAUAUAUGAUCGAUAUUCGCGCAUCAAUGAAGAACAGGCGCUAUACACUCCGCUCGUUUCUCCCGCAAUGACUCCGCUGGAGAAUCAGUUCCGAGUUCCUGAAUAUACCGUCCCCGGAGAAUAUUUCACACCUCUCACGUCUCCCGCGCUGGAAGCACAAAAUGCCGGCAACUCCAACAACGGCUACCCAUUCCACGCAAGACAGAUAUCAGACGUGGGCUUUGUACAUACGCACCCCGAGGUGAACCAACUCCCAGGGACUUCGGCUCCCCCAUCUCCCAGCAUCAUUCGCAAGCCGAAUCGUCGGCAAACUUCGACUGCCUCUCGACUCCCCGGUCGGAGUAAGGUCAAACAAUCACCUUCUCUUCGAGCACAGACCCAGCGUAACAAGGGGAAGCCGAUGCCUAACUCGGAAGAGUUCUACAACAGUCUGACGGAAGAGUUGAGCAAGCCGCAAAACAACGAUGUGCGCUCCCUCCAGGUCAGCAGCAAUGAAGGCUCUGGCCAGGAUUCCGUCUCGCCCGAACCCUUGUCCGAACCGCUGAUGCCACCCCCGGCACUUCCACCCCCGCGCCAGUCUCCAGCCCUCACUCCGCAUGUUGCCCAGUCGCCUGGUACAGCUGCCACUCCGGCGACUCUGAUGCGCAUUCAGCGCUCACAGCAUGCGCGGGAUCCCUUGGGUCAAUUCACCGGCCAGGCGCAGCUAGAGAUACAUGACGAGGUCAUGGAGGACAUCUGCCUUCCCGAGGCAGCAACACCGGCUGUACAACCGCGCCCCAAGGUCAAUCGCAUCGAAACUAGUUUCCGCACCAGCACAGCCAGUCCCGUCAUAUCUGCACAUGGGACGCCGUCCUUGGAGCCUCGAUCCGCCGCAGAAAGAACGCCCGCAUCCAUUGCGAUGAGCCCGCGCACGGUGGCUAUGCCAUCUCCCAGUGGUCCGGUCCCGAAGAGAUCGGAUCUGUCCAGAUCCUCAGUAUCCAGUCGGAAACGACCUAGCGUGAGCUCCACGCAGGCGAGUCCCCAGUUGCGACCGAAGAUCAGCCCAAGCAUUCAGCCGUUAAUGCGAAGUGGUGACAAUAUGUCGCAAGAUGCGCUUUAUUUGGCUUCGAAGUCUAAUUACCAGCAUAUCCUCGACGGCACUUUGCCCUCGGGCGUCUCCUACCCCGAGACACUGGCCGAAAAUCUGAGUUCCAAACGCACCAACCAUAAGCUUGCGGAGCAGGGUCGCCGGAAUCGAAUUAAUAGCGCUCUGAAAGAAAUCGAGGCUCUGAUACCGCCAGACUUCGUUCAAGCGAGACAGGCCAAGGAGGCCGCCAUAACCGGCAUCAAGCCCGGCGACAAGGAAAAAGAGAAGGCUUCCAACCAAGCCAUCAGCAAGGCGAGUGCGGUAGAGAUGGCCAUCGAUUACAUCAAAGCCCUCAAGAAGUGCUUGGAUGAGACGACCGAAAAAUUGGCCGCGACGGAAGCGAAGCUCGCCGGCGCCAGCCUCGACGACAAACCCGCAGAUGCUUCUGUUGCUGUGACUGGAAAGACAGUUAAUGGCAUCGGUCGUGACUCGGCAAACAAGAAUUUCUCAUGA